AUGCAUGUUCUAUGUUUAGUAUUUCUCAUAUUGGGCUUUUCAACUUGUCAAUCAUCGAGUUUGUGGAAUGAGACGUAUCCAAAAGGUGAAGUCGUUCGUGUAGAAGACAUGAAUGUGUAUACAGUUGGAAAUAAGGCAAAUUCUGCGAAAGAUCUAUCUAUUAUCGUUUUUCACGACAUUUACGGAUUCAAUAUCACUCAGACGCGUGUGUUCUGUGAUCGACUCGCAGCCGAGUACGAAGUACAGGUUGUGAUGGCGGAUUUUUACCGAGGCAAUACAUUGCCCACAACAGUACCUCAUUUCAUUGCAUGGCUUGCUCAGGUUGGUAAUUGGUCUCAAGUAUCUACUGACUUGAGAACUAUUGCUACUUGGCUUCGAAAAACAUCAUCGCCAUCGCGUCGGAUUGCUGUGAUUGGUUUCUGCUGGGGUGGCCUACAAGUGGCUCGUGCUUGUUCAAAUCUGUCGGAUCUGUUCUUUACAGGUGUUUCUAUUCAUGGCGCAUGGUUGACUGAAGAUGAGGUAAAGAAUUUACAGCGACCAGUACUAUUUAUAGCUGCUGGCGAUGAUCCACCAUUGCGUCCAAACAUUUCGACUGUCAUCGAACAAUCAGCAAACUCACAGGUAUCCGGACAAUGUCAGUAUGAAACAUACGCCAACAUGAAACACGGUUUUGUAUCAGCAGGCGCCAAUUACUCAAAUCUAGAGAACGUCGCAGCUAUCAACCAAGUCCAUGAGAGUGUCAGAACAUUCCUCAGUAAAAUUUCUAAGAGUUCGUCAUCGAUCACAUCUUAUUCUGCAUGUAUUUUGCUUUGUCUCCUCUUUGUAUUCGAUCUUUGCCAAUAA